UUUUUUGAGUAGGAGUAUAUAAUAUGCGGGUGUUACUUUGUAGUGCUGCGCUUUGUUCGAAUUGGAAGUUUUAGUUUUUUGGUUUAUGCUGAUUUUCAUUCGAACGAUUUGCGCUAGAACUAGAAGUCAAGAAAUUGUAGGAGCACACCAGGAACCGCUAAGAGUAAGAUUCUAAGCGAUCUGUGUGUCUGUCGAAAUGUAAAAACCAACCUGAGAAACAAAUAUAGUAAGUGCUUCUUCUUUCCAAGAUGGCUUGUGUUGCAAUUUCACCUACAUGUUGUUCAACACGACGAGGACCAGAAAGGAGAGUGUCUUCUUCCUUCCCCUUUCUCCUCCUCAUAAAUUUCUUCCACCACUUUCUCCUGAAACCCUCCAACGCCCAACAACAAGCGCAGCCACCACCACUCGCGCCAUCCUCCAUCCAACCACAAAUAGAAGUACCAACACCAACAGGAGACGGCCAAGUAGAUGCUGUGGCGGUUAGGGAAGAGGCGGAAUCUUAUGCCCAAAUAAACCAGCAGAGCGUGAGCGCGGCGGCGGCUGCGAAGAGGAGUAUUGUUAACAGGAAUAGUAAACCAGAGCCCGGGACCACUCCUUCCUUCUCCAAUCUUCAGCAACAAGUCGGGAUAGAACAAAAUAAAGCAAAAUUACUGCACCAGCAGCAGGUUCAUCUUCACAAAGAAGGAAAUACGAAAGAAGAAAGUCUCGGCACCGGGGCCGUGAUGCACCCGCGGCAGGACGGAAACGGAUCGAAGUUUGAGAACAGGAACCAAAAGCCGUCGACCUUUUACGACGAGAGUGUGAUAACGUCAAUUGCGGAUCUACAUGGGGAUUUCAAAUCUGCGGUGGAAGCGUUAUAGCAAAUGCAAAAAUGUCUGGGUCUGGAAAAAUGCAAGGUUUGUCAUGCUAGGCUAGCAGGACUCUCAAGUCUCUCAUGCGCGUUACCCAAAAACAUUUUUUUUCUGUGAUGCAGAGUCGCAGUUUUUCAUGCAGAAUAGGCAACACUUGAGAAGCUCAGAAACUUGUCUUGCUGGGCUAUCAUUUGUGGCAUCCUCAUGCUACGUCACUCAGCAUUACAAGUCUCCAGACCCAGACAUUUUUGCAUUUGAUACGUUAAAACUGGCGAAAAUCAUGGACGACCAGUGGAACUUAUGCAUUGCAAAAGUAUCGUGCUAGUGGUAGUAGUAAAACAAAAACUGCAUUACAAACUUGCUUCGCAUUACAAAUGAAGUUUGUAAUGCUGUUUCACCUUUACGAAGGACACUUGUCACGUAUAAACAGCAACUACAACAACUACGAGUGCGACAUUACUUUUGCAGAGCAUAGAACUGGGUGGCGGGCAACAAAAUUUUCAUCCAAACCGGGGAUAUUGUGGAUCGGGGAAAUAACGGGCGGGAAAUUUACGAUCUCAUGUUCCGAUUGCAAGAUCAGGCGGAGAAGGUAUUUCUAGAUAGCGUUCUAACUUAUUCAUGCUUCUGACUGUGCAUGACAGAGCCAACUCGACGUCUUCCAGAAAAUCGCAUGACAAAUUUCAAGUUAUGUGCUGAAGCCAAACAAUGUGAAAGUGUAAGUCAUUGAUUGUUCUUUCUCUACACCUGAAAAAUCAGGCCGGCGGGCGCGUCAUCAUGUUGUUGGGUAAUCACGAGGCAAUACGAAUGCAAAAUGACGUGCGAUACCGGGGCCCGAAAGAGACUUCCUGGUCCUUGCACCCGAAAACAAACGACGAUGACGCCAGGGGGAUAAAAGCUUGGGCGGAGGGGGGUUGGUUGAGGACGGUAUAGAAUCUGAUAGUUUUUUUUGGUAGUUGAUUAUGAUUUCCCUGUGUUGGUACUUUGUGAUGCUGAUCCAUGCAUGAGAAGCAAGAUUUGUGUUGCAGCACAUCAAAGACAAAGUCGUCAUCAAUUUACGACGCUUAAUCCUAUCCUCAGGCACUGGAAAAACGUUCGUCCACCAUGGCGAUUGCCGGCCGCUCACUCUACGUCCACGCAGCGUUGACCCUUUCCUACGCCAAAAAACUGGAAUACGGAGUUCUCAAACGCUACAUUCUCAACUGUUACAUGAAUUUGUCAUGCAAACCUCUCUUCAGUAUCACUAUCAUCAAGCUGCUUUGCAUGACAAAUUUCCAAAGGGCUAAAGAGCCUCUAAAUCUGUGCCGAAUCUGAAUCUGUAAUGCAAAAGGCGCAAUCUCUACCCUUGCAUUUUUGCCAUUGUUGCAAUACAAAUUCAUGUACCAGUUGAGAGUGUAACGUUUGAAAACGCCAUAUGGAAACUAUCGCCCAGGAAUUCGACAGCAACGCGAAUUUAGACACCCCCAUGAGCCCGGAGCUACGGGAGAAAGUGUUUAACAAGUUUCACGAGAAGGUGGUCGAAGCGUUGCGGAGCCAGGACUUCCUAAAUUUCUACGUAUUGGAUUUAGAUAAUUUUAUUUGGCUGCAUUUUACUGUAAAAAGUGUAGUCCAAUUCACAUGACAAAUACAUUCGACUUUGCCUUGUAUGCAUGACAAGCUUCAAUAAAAAUAAAAUCAGAUCAACGACUACUCUCCCUUUUGGUCCCGCGAAUACGACUUGGAGUGCGCAGAAGCUGAGCGGGUUUUCAAAUUUCUCAACGUGGACCGCAUCAUCGCGGGGCACACCCCUUUAUCCUGUGCAAAAGUAACGUACUACUGUAAAUUGCAAUACAACUUAGCUCAGCAUUACAAAUAAAAUUUGUAAUGCUGAGUAACAACUAGAUUUGUAAUGCAUUAUAACUGCAAUUGCUACGAGUGCGAUGCUUUUGCAAUGCAUACCCGCAAACCGACGGCAGAAUCGGCGUCGGAUGUGACGGGAAAAUCGUGCUGGCCGACACAGCCAUGAGCAUCGCGUACCGCCAAUCGUUUCCGAAAGGGCAGGUCAGUGUUUUGACGAUAGCGGACUCCGUGCCGGAAGACGGAAAGGAGACCGUCGUGCAGGCGCUGUACAAAGACCAAGUAAUGGAGUUAGAGAAACAGGCCGGGCACUGGGGAUCCUGGGCCAGUGUGGUGGACCCAAACAUGGUGAAACAGAUGCAGGAGCGCGACCGGAAAAUGAAAAACGUGCGUGGGGGUAGCAGCAGUAGCAGCAAUAGCGGUAGUGCGGGUACUGGUACAGCUUCUUCUACCUCCAACGGAGCAGAAACAACACCGACAAACGCAGCCGCUACUUCCUCAAACAAUGAAGCAGAAAAUGCAGCAAAAACUACGUCAACUGGCGAGGCCUCUUCUUCCAGUAGUUCUUCAGCUGCAAAAGCUAGUGCUGGCGCGACGUCCGAAACAAAUAAAGAGCGUGAAGAUUCCAAGAACACCGGCGCAACAGGACAUCAACUGUCUGGUACUGCAUCCUCGGAAACCAAUUUAGCAAGCAAACUCCUUUCCUCCACCAGCACAACCCAAACUUUGUAUCACUACCUCUUCGCCUCCCCGAGUAGCACGAUCUGCACCCUUGUCUCACUGCUCAUCAUCACUCUCGUUUUCUUCCUCUUUUUCCGGUUUUACCAGAGGUCGAGGAUGAUGGGCGGAACCAUAGCGGGCGGGAGUGGCGGGCUGUUGCCCGGGUGUAACGCAGGGACGUUUGGCGGGCCGGUCGGGGUGAUCGGGUCGAUGUAUUACAUGUGGAAAAGCUAUGGAACUGUCAGGAUCGAAAUUGACAAAAUCGAAAAAUUUGUGAUGCAUAAAAUGCAUGACGCGGAAUGCGUGUGUUGCAGAGCAGGCAAGUGAGGCCGAUUGUAGGCCUGUUUGGGGUUGUAACUCGAGCUGCUACAGCAGCAUGAGAGAAUUAGCCUUCUUUGCCUAAACAGCAUUACAGACUGGAUUUAGGCACCGCCAGAAUUUGUCGUGCGCCACUUAGAAACUGGGUUCGAACUGGAAUCCAUUUUAUGCAUGACAAAUUAUUUCGAUUUUGUCAAUUUCGAUUCUGACACUUCCAUAAAAGCCGGACGCCAAGGCUGGUUGUUUGACAACGUGGUUUAGAAGAAGACACGAUUUGAAAUUCUAGCAACUGAAGUUUUAAGUAGAUAUAGAUUUACUCACUACACUCUGAUGUUUAGCUUGUUUACCAAAUUCUCAAAUUUACAUUGACAACGUGUUGCAAAAAAUUUAAGAGUUUUUUGUUCCUGCUUGAAUACGAAUAAUGUAAGUGUGCAAGAGGUGGAGUUCGCCCUUGUAUGUACAAAACAAUGUAGUGUUGCGUGUGUACAUAAAACUGUAAUAUCUCAUCACUUUUUUGUGGUCCCUACGUAAGUAGCCCUUGUAGUUUGUUUUGCUUCGUCACUUUGUUUUCUAUUGUACUACACUGACGGCCACGGCGCUAGAGGAGGUAGUGAUGCAGAUGCGGCGCGACAAAAUCAUCAUGCCUUAUCAUGCUGCUGCAAAAGAUGAAAGCGCCCAACUGUGGCCCUACUCAUACGGCAAGAAAGAUGAGGUGGUUCUUCUACUUUCGCCAGAAAAUAAAAUUUUCUUGUCGACUUGAUGUACUUGUACAUUUUAAAAAUGCCGAUGACCCUGUGUCGUCGCUAAAAAAGACGUCGACACGACAGCGCUGCAGUUUUGGUUUUCCGGCAUCUGGUUCACUGACCGACUUGUGACGGUUUGGAUUUGAUGGUGCGUUCGUGCAAGUAUCUUCGGUGCU